UCCCCAAGGCAGCUCCUGAUGAGUAACAGCAGCCUCCGCACCUUUGAGGACCAAGUCCUCUGCUGCAUUUGCCUGGAGGUGCUCUGCAACCCAGUCACCACUGCCUGCAGACAUAACUUCUGCAUGGCAUGCCUCCACAGUUUCUGGGACCACCAGGCUGCCAUGGGCGAGAUGCUCUAUUGCCCCGAGUGCCGAGAGAGCUUCCCCUCCAGGCCGCACCUCUCCAAGAAUGUCAACCUGGAGGAGAUGGUGACCUGCUUCACUCAGGCCAAGGGCCAGACCCUGCAGUCCCCACAGAAACUGGCCAGGCCCAGGGAUGUGACCUGUGACUUCUGUUCCCCUCAGAAGCUCGAGGCCAUCAAGUCAUGCCUGCAGUGCAUGGUCUCCCUGUGUGAGCAGCACCUGCACAGUCACUUUGAGGACCCGAUGUUCCAGGACCACCAGCUGCUGGAUCCCAUGUGGGAUCUCAAGAACCGCUUGUGCCGGAAUCACCACAAGCUGCAGCAGCUGUACUGCCGCACAGAAGGCAGCUGCGUGUGUGGGGUCUGUUUGCUGGAGGAGCACAGGAACCAUGACACUGUCCCCCUGGAGGAGAAGCGUGCCCACAAGGAGGUUGAGGUUCGGAAGAUGCUGGCCAAUGUGGAGAACCAGAUGCUAAUCAUCACCUCCAACAGCCAGAAGCACCAGGAGCAGGUGGCCUUUCUCUCGAAACGGAUCCAGACAACAGGCGAUGCGGUGAACAGCUGCUUCUCAGAGAUCAUCCAGGAGAUCAAACAGCUGCAGGGGAAGGUCUUGGAUUUUGUGGAAAAAGAGGUGGCAGCUGCCCUAGGAAAGUUGGGCAGCUCCAUCCAGCAGAGCCACAAUCGGCUCCUGAAGCUGGAGGGGGACAGCAUCUGGCUCCACACCCUGCUCACCAACAGGAACGACCAGCAAUUUCUGCAGGCAAGGCCCCACCAUUUCCGCAGGCUGAUGCACUUCCCAGCUUGCAAGGAACCCCUAAUGGGCAUCAACUUUGAGGAGAAGCAUACCUUCCUCCACUUGCCAGAGAACCUGGCAGAGCUCCAGACCCAGCUGGGGGACGUGGGUGUCAGCUUCAUCAACCAGCUCCUCCAGAAGGGCAUUGAGAUGAACUCCUAUGAAGUACUGCCCCCAGCUAUGGACAGGCACACACUUCUCAAGGGGUACUGCAACCUGAACUUUGACCCCACCACAGCCAGCGAGGAGCUGUUCCUGUUCAAGGAAACGCACUCAGUGCUGAACCUGGGCAUCCUCCUGGAGGAUGUUACGGCCGCGGGCGGCCCCUUCGCGGGCUUCAAGCAGUGGCCGCAGGUGCUGUGCUCGCGCGGCCUGUCCGAGGGCCGCCACUACUGGGAGGUCGAGGUGUCCAACUCGUGGGUGUGCCUGGGCGUCACCUACCGCCGCCGCCCAACGCUCAGCGGCCGCCCGCGCCGCAACAUCGUCCACCUGCUGGGCCGCAACCCCUACUCGUGGUGCCUGGAGUGGGACUCGCUCAAGUUCUCCGUGUGGCACAACAACACACAGACGGUGCUGCACGGCUCCUACCACCGCUCGCUCGGCGUGGCGCUCGGCUGUGGUGCCGGCUGCUCCUUCUACGGCGUGGCGGGCAGCCUGAGCCUCCUCUACCGCUUCCUCGUCUCCUUCCUGGAGCCGCUCUACCCCGCGGUCACGGUCAGCAGCGCCGCCUCCGUCACGCUCAGGCAGCGCCCGGGGCGUAGGCGACGCCAAUAAAGCUGGACUGCAGCUCUGCUCGCGCGGGAGGGUGGCCGUCGCACGGCAUGGCCCAGGGAACCUGCCUCCAACCCGCAGCCCGGGCCUCCCCUGAGGCGCCCGCCCCGGGGCCCCGGGAAUCCCAGGACACAGGCGGAGCCCUCCGUCCCCGCAGCUGCAAGAGAGGGGCUCUGAACCAGG